CUGCGGAAGAAGAACCAUACGAGAACCAUCGGAUCGCCAGUCGGAUAGUGGUGGCACUGGAGAUUUCUCUGGAUUGACCAAAGCAUCGCACUGGGAAGUACUCACGGACAGUAGCAAACCGAUUCCGGACAGUUAGACACGUAGCCUCGACUACAUCUACACUCUAAGCCGAAAAAAUGCUGUCCUCCAGUGGAUUUUGGCUCGGCACUAUACUGCUACUGUUGAGCAGUGUUGUGAUCGCUAGGGCCGGAAGUACUCAGGCCACAAGUAACCGUCUAGGUAAGCCAUGGGACAGCAGUUGUGAGCAACUGACUACAACUAACACCAGCCAGUACGAUGAGUACUUCGACAUCGACAAGAUUGGCAACAAUCGGUCGGAUCAGAACAUCGUCAACCUCGAGCUGCUAGUUCGAGUGCAGAACAUGCAAGAAGAGCUAGCGAUUCUGCUGUCCGCCAGCAACCGAUCGCGCCAGCAUCCGGAUUACGAGCAAACGUACGAGCUGCGUGUCAGCAACACCUAUACGGUGAUUUACAAGGCGGCACUUCGCAUGUUCGCCCAUCACAGCCACACGUUCAACUUCUUUCCGGGCUACCAAUUUCGGCUCCAUAUUCUGAUCACGCGCCAAGGCGACAUCACCGUUACUAUACCGGUACUGCAGAAACCGAUGAUCCUCGCCGUACAUGACGCUCGGACACCGCCCGAGGUGUCAUACAUAAGCUUUGGCUCGCGCAUGAACGCGUACCCCGUCACAAUCUAUUUCAACUGUGCAGACGGGGACGGGGCUUUGCCGAUGGGCCCAUCAUCUACUAGCAUGAAUUUCAACGAUGGCGGUGACUACAGUCACCAGGAAAAGCCCAAUCACUAUGAGCAGCAACAAUCACACUUGAACCACAAUCACGACCAAUCACAGGAGCAGCUGCUGCAAGCUUCUGUUGGAGUAUCGCAAACUGAUGACGGUAUGGCCGGAAGCACACCAGAUGAUGACGCGAAUCGGACUCGUUCCUUGGGCGAAGGCGACGAUGGGGAGUACACCGAGCGUAACGCUGAAAAUGGUAACGAAGGCCGGUGUCCUGUUUGUCCUAAACAGGAAAAGUGUGAAGUAGUCGUCCGUGCUUGUUCCUCAGACACAUCCAAAGACCUGCUGAUGGGGGCGUCCGGUACAAGCAAUGAGAAGCAAAAGUACUUCUUCUACUUUAACGUAUAUCUCAGCAGCAAGAAUGAGAAAAGUUUUAAGGCAACUGGGCAGCUCCCACCGUGAACAUCGGGCGUUGUGCGAUGCGUCUUCCGUGACACCACUUUCGACAUAUCCUGGAUAUUUAAGAGAACCGUUACUCGUACAGCAGGAGAGCUGAGCAGAUGGUAGCCCGCCUGUUCUACGGGUGAUCGUGUUUCGCUGGAUCAAAUAUGAAUCUCUCUGUGUCUUUUUUCCUCUUCCUAAUCAAUUAUUCAAUUUUUCCUAAUCUUAAUAACUAGUGUUAGAGCUAUGCAGUCCGAGCGUAUGUUUGAUGCAAAAAAAAAAAAAAACCAUUGUUACACAGCGCAAAAAAGAUCAGAAAGAUUUGUUUAAACCGCUGCCUGUUUUUUAGCCCUUGUCUAGUUAAUAAGAAUCAAGUCCAAUACGCGGUGGCAAUAUCUAUCGCUAGAAAAAUAUUCUAGCGCUACGGUACAUGUUUCGCCAGCAUAUUAUAGUGUGGACAAGUGAUUAGAAAAACGCCAUACACAUCCGUACAAAUAGAGUGGCAGAGCACUCUAGCGAUUCCGCCGUUCAAAGAACACUUAAAAAGAAAAUAAUCGGGCGCUGGUCAGUUCGAUGGCAACGGUUAUUGGAUUGGUCUGAAUGAGCGGGUAUAGUUGUUAGUCCCUUGUCGGAAAAAAAAGUUCAGCUACUGAAGGAAA